AUGUCGUCGUCCUCCCGCAAGAUCGCCAAGGCUAACGACUUCGGCCGCGGCAGCCUCACCGUGCCGGAGGCGUGGGCGAUGCAUCCCACCGCCGCCGUCGCCUGGCACGGAGGUUGGAGGGACUCCAUCAGGGCCAUGUGGUUUGCACUCGACGCCGACGAGCGGGCCGAUCCGACCCGCGCGGCCAUCGGCAGCGACGCCUGGUGGGGCGCCUACUUCCAGGCGCAAUACGACAUGGACAUGAACAGAACCACCGGCCUCGUCAGCGGGCCGAACAACUGGAACAGGGACGGGCGCCUCCUGUUCUGGGGCGUUCCGGGGCGCACCCUGGAGAACAUCAUCGACGGCAUCCACAAUGGCACUCCAAGCUCCAUCCUGCCUCCCGUGCUGCUCGUCAUGAAAAUAAUUGCUAAUGCUGCCAAUGUUCAGGUGACCACAUGCUUGUUAUGCAACAGCGAUGAAGAGCAAUGGAUGAAGUGCAGGUCUUUGGCUCUGGUCUUCAACUUCUGGGACUCUGCGGUAGUCUCGCUGACAAACUCGCAAAAUCGCAACCACUCCGUCACGGCGACGGUCACGAUGAUCUCUUCUGGCUCCUCCUUCCUGUUCACGGUCGUCUACGGUCCUUCCGUCGAUGCAGAUAAGCCAGCUUUCCUGCAGGAGCUGGCCGCGAUUCGGCCUCCGGCGGGCAUGCCGUGGCUCAUAGUUGGGGAUUUCAACCUCAUCUAUGAGGCGAGGGACAAAAGCAACACGAAUUUCUGCCGUAGGCUCAUGGGCCAAUUUCGGGCCGCCAUUGAUGCAUCCGAGCUCAUGGAGCUCCGCUGCUCCAAUCGCCGCUUCUCUUGGUCUAACGAGCGUGCCGACCCGACGCUGGUUUACCUCGACCUUUUCUUCUACAACGUCGCUUGGGACGCGCUCUUUUCGCCAAGCACGGUCCAAGCCCUCUCGUCGUCACACUCUGAUCACUGCCCCCUACUUCUGUCCUGCAUCUGCGCGCCGCCGAGGAAACCGCGCUUCAGGUUCGAGAACUUCUGGACGCGCCAGGAAGGGUUCAUCGACACGGUCAAAUCGGCAUGGUCCGCAGACCUGCGAUCGACCAACCCUUUCACUCGCCUUCGUGUCAAGUUAGGAAGAACGGCUCGUGCUCUGCGAGCAUGGAGCAAAGGGCAGUUCGGCGAUGUCAGAUUCCAAUUACACCUAGCCAACGAAGUCAUCCUGCGGCUGGACGUAGCGCAGGAGAGCAGGGUUCUCUCUGAUCUUGAAUUCCACCUCCGCAAAACCCCCAAGGUGAGGGUGCUGGGCCUCGCCGCGAUCGAGAGGUCGAGACGACGACAAGCUUCCAGGAUCACAUGGCUUCGGGAAGGGGAUGCAAACACCCGCUUUUUCCACGUGAAGAUCAACUCCAGACGACGCAAGAAUUUCAUCUCAGCGCUAACUACGGACGCGACCAUCGCCACCACGCACAAAGACAAGGAAGACGCUCUGUUUGAGCACUUCAACACCGUUCUGGGUACAUCGGUCCCUCAUGAACGCUCGAUGAACUGGGAGGCGCUGAACCUUGCCACCUUGCCUGACGCCGGCCUCGACAACCCUUUCACGGCUAAGGAAGUUUGGGAGGCCAUCAAAGACUCCCCGGCCGAGAAAGCCCCGGCCCCGACGGGUUUGACGGCAUCUUCUAUAGACGAUCUUUGGGGAAUCAUCAGGCCAGAAAUCAUGGCCGUUUUUCAACAUCUCUUCCGCCUCGCCGGCGGCGAUUUCGCUUCUCUCAACCGCGCCUUCGUCUGCUUGCUCCCCAAGUCUGCUGGUGCGUCGCGGAUCAGCGACUUUAGGCCGAUUAGCUUGAUACACUCCGUGGCCAAGCUCUUCGCCAAGGUUCUCGCCCGACGCCUGUCGCCGGUGAUAGGUGCGAUGAUAUCGCCGGCGCAAAGUGCGUUUCUGAAGAAUAGGGCCCUGCAUGACAACUACCUCUACGUCAGAAACACUGCCAGAACCCUUCAUCGUCGCAAACGGCCAUCGCUCCUCUUCAAAUUGGAUUUCGCAAAGGCUUUCGAUUCGGUCUCAUGGGAAUAUCUCCUGGAGCUGCUGCAACGCCUGGGUUUCUCAUCUCGCUGGCGGGAUUGGCUUUCCCUGCUCCUAUCCUCGGCGGCCUCGGAGAUCAUCCUCAACGGCACAAACGGCAGGCCCAUUAGGCACCGGCGUGGUCUACGCCAGGGCGACCCUCUGUCGCCCCUCCUCUUCAUACUUGCGCUGGACCCGCUCCAACGGAUCCUCCAGCUGGCUACAGAGGCCGGAGUUCUCUCUACGCUCCCUAUUCGGGAGGCCAAGCUCCGCACAAGCCUCUACGCAGAUGACGCGGUGUUAUUCCUCAAUCCCGUGCGUGCCGAGGUGGUGGCCAUCCUUCGGAUCCUACACGACUUUGGGCUUGCUACAGGCCUCCGCAUCAACAUCGCCAAGUGCUCCAUUGCUCCGAUCAGAUGCAACAAUGUCAACCUCGACGAUGUCCUCUCACCCUUCGCCGGAGAGCGCGUCACGUUUCCCAUCCGCUACCUAGGCAUGCCGCUUUGCCUCGGCCGGAUGCGCCUGGUUCAUCUUCAACACAUUCUCGAUCGGGCGCGCUCUCAUCUCACCUCUUGGAAGGGGCGUUGGACCAAUGCGGGUGGACGCAAAACCCUCGUCACUUCGGUCAUCAGCACGCUCCCGACCUUCGCCAUGACAGCGCUCAAGCUUCCUCCAAAGUUUCUGAAGGAGUUUGACAAGAUCCGAAGAAACUUUCUGUGGGACAUCGAGGAAGAAACCAACGUGGGGGGUAAAUGCAAGGUACGGUGGAAGUCGGUUUGCUCGCCGCUGGACGUCGGCGGCCUCGGCGUGCCGAACUUGGAGUUCUUUGGCCGUGCGCUACGGCUUCGCUGGCUGUGGCAUGAAUGGAGCCUGCCGCUGCGGCCUUGGGUGGGCAUGGAAACUCCCUGCGACGCGCAUGACCUUGAGCUCUUCCAUCAAGCCACGAGAGUCAGUUUAGGCGAUGGGAACCGUGCCAGGUUCUGGCGAUCCUCCUGGCUCGGAGACGCGCCGCUUUGCAUGCAAUUCCCUCGGCUAUUUCAUAGAUCAAGAAGAAAGAACAAGUCCGUCGCCAUGGCGCUCAACGACCACAGAUGGGUCCAUGAUAUGCGUCGGAAUUUUCCUCCGGAGCUGCUGCCAGAGUUCCUCCACCUCUGGCGCACCCUGCAAACCGUCGUGCUGCGCCCAGAAACUCCGGACAAGAUCAGAUGGAUCCUCACCACCGAUGGCUGCUACUCCGCAGCGUCCGCCUACCACCUCCACUUCGAGGGGCAAACCCGUUCCAUUGCUCCAGCGAUGAUCUGGUCGCCAUGGGCACCGCCCAAAUGCCGAGUUUUUGCAUGGCUGUUGCUCCAAAACCGCCUUUGGUGCGCCGAUCGUUUGCAACGAAGACAGUGCCCCAAUUCGUAUUUCUGCCCCAUGUGCAUCAGAAAUCUGGAGACGUCAUGGCACUUGUUCUUCGAGUGCCCUUUCACCAGGUCAAUAUGGGCGUCGGUAGCCACUUGGACUCACUGCUCGGCGCUGGAUCCGUCGGUUUGGAGACACAACUCUUCCAUGACGGAUGUUUGGCAUUCGAUGAUGGAGCACUGUCAUCAACCGGCCAGAAAAGGAGUCGCGUCCCUCUUCAUCCUCGUGUGCUGGGCGAUCUGGAGCGAGCGAAACGCCAGGAUUUUCCGCGGCAAAUCAUCGCCACUACGCACCAUCAUUUCAUGGAUCCGUGACGAGGCCAGAGAAUGGAGUUUCGCCAAUGCCAAAGCUCUGAGACGGCUCAUGUUCGAGCCUCCUUGA